UGCCAAAGUGUGACGUAUAAUCUAGUGGACGGGACACCUCUUCUACAACGACAGCUAAUCAGUCACCUAGAUAGCUUGCUAACCAACAAAGCUUAAACAUGGGAGKUAUUUAGACGUUUUCGGUGUAUAUUAAUCACUGUGUUUUAACACACGUCUGUCGUGUCUACUAGUUACCCAUCCCCCGCUUCAUAUUGUACGUAACUGGUUAAAUUAGCAUMAGGCUAGUCGCUUAUGCUAACUAUCUAAGUUGGCUAUCUUAAUAARAUUCCGGACCAUGAGCUCACUAAAAUACUCUCCCCAUUCAAAAGAAGAGGAUGUCUGCUGGACUGAGAAACAGGGUAUGUGGCUUAAUGUUGUCGUGAAAGAAGAGGAGGAAGAGAAGGAUGUCACAGUGAAAGGCGAUGAAGAAGCUUCCAGAGUGAAAGAUGAGGAAGAUAUUACUGUCACAAUGAAAGAGGAGGACGAGGAAGAAGAGUAUGAGACUGGAGAUCUGAUUAACACCAUCAGAGGAACCAGAGCCAGAGACGUCCGAACCAGCAAGACGACACCACUGUUCCUACUGUGGAAAGAGCUUUAACCAGUUAGGGGACCUAAAGAAACAUGAGAGGAUACAUACAGGAGAGAAGCCUCACAAAUGCUCCCAGUGUGGACAGUGUUUUACCUGGUUACAGAAUCUAAAACAACAUCAAAUAAUACACACAGGCGAGAAGCCUUACCAAUGCUCUCAGUGUGAAAAGGCUUUCACCCGGRUAGCACACCUGAAAGAACAUAAAAUAGUACACACAGGAGAAAAACCUUUCCACUGCUCUCAGUGUGAAAAGCGGUUUACCAAGGUAGGGAUCCUAAAACAGCARGAAAGGACYCACACYGAAGAAAAGCCKUACCAUUGCUCCCAGUGUGGAAAGAGAUUUUCCUUAGCAAAGUACCUGAAAGAGCAUGAAAAAAUACAUACAGGAGAAAAACCUGGAGAGAAGCUWUUCCUCUGCUCCCUGUGCGGAAAGAGUUUUACCCAGUCAUCCCACCUGAAAUCCCACACAAGAACGCACACAGGGGAGAAGCCUUAUCAUUGCUCRGUUUGUGGAAAGAGUUUUUCUCAAUCAAGUUGUCUGAAAAAGCAUAAGAGAAUACACACUGGAGAGAAGCCUUACCACUGCUCCCUGUGCGGAAAGAGUUUUAACAGGUUAGAUUACCUGAAAUCACAUAACAGAACACACACAGUAGAGAAGCCUUUACACACAGUAGAGAAGCCUUUACACACAGGAGAGAAGCCUUUACACACAGUAGAGAAGCCUUUACACACAGGAGAGAAGCCUUUACACACAGGAGAGAAGCCUUUACACACAGGAGAGAAGCCUUUACACACAGGAGAGAAGCCUUUACACACAGGAGAGGUCUGCUGGAUGGAGAAAGAAGCUCUGGGUCUGAACAUUGUCGUAAAAGAAGAGGAUAUUACAGUGAAAGAAGAGGAAGAAGCUUUCAGAGUGAAAAGGGAAGAAGAAGAGGCUAUCACAUUGAAAGAAGAAAAUUAUGUUACAGUGAAAGAUGAGAAAGAACCUUUUGGAGAGGCUGUUAUAAUGGAAGGAGUGGAAGAGGAGGCUAUCACAUUAAAUGAAAAGGAGGCUGUUAUAAUGGAAGGAGUGGAAGAGGAGGCUGUCACAUUAAAUGAAAAGGAGGAUGGUAUAAUGGAAGGAGUGGAAGAGGAGGCUGUCACAUUAAAUGAAAAGGAGGAUGGUAUAAUGGAAGAAGAGGAAGAACCUGUUGGAGUGGAAGAGGAGGCUGUCUCAAAAGAGGAAGACGUUUUGGGAGUAAAAGAAGACGGGGAUGAGGAGGAGGACGAGCCUGACGAUCCGAAUAACACCAAAGAGGAAGAACCUGUUGGAGUGGAAGAGGAGGCUGUCUCAAAAGAGGAAGACGUUUUGGGAGUAAAAGAAGACGGGGAUGAGGAGGAGGACGAGCCUGAAGAUCCGAAUAACACCAGAGAGAGACCAGACUCUUACUCUGACAGCGGGAGUACUUCAGGGGAACCAGACCCAGAGAUGCCCAAACCAGRGAAACCACACCACUGCUCCCAAUGUGGAAAUYMAUUUUUCUCAUCAGGUGACCUGAAAAAGCAUAAGAGAACACACUCUGUAGAGAGGCCUUUCCAAUGCUCUCAGUGUGGAAAGAGAUUUAUCCAGUCAUCACAUUUGAAAGAGCAUAAGAUAAUACACACAGGAGAGAAGCCUUUCCAAUGCUCCCAGUGUGGAAAUAGUUUUACCCGGUUAAGGGACCUGAAUAGGCAUAAAGGAAUACACACAGGAGAGAAGCCUUACCAKUGUUGUCAUUGUGGACAGAGUUUUAGGUGGUUAGUGACCCUGAAAACACAUGAGAGGACACAUACAGGAGAGAAGCCUUUCCAAUGCUCCCAGUGUGGGAAUGCUUUUACACGGUUAGAGAAGCUGAAAGAACAUAAGAGAAUUCACACGGGAGAAAAGRCRUUCCAAUGCUUGCAGUGUGAAAAAAGAUUUAUCCAGUCAUGGCAUCUCAAAGAGCAUGAGAGGAUACACACAGGGGAGAAGCCUUUCCAAUGCMRCCAGUGUGGAAAGAGUUUUARCCGGUUAAGGUACCUGAAUAAGCAUAAAGGAAUACACACGGGAGCAAAGCCMUACCACUGUUCUCAUUGUGAACAGAGUUUUAGGUGGUUAGUGAGCCUUAAAACACAUGAAAGAAUACACACAGGAGAGAAACCUUUCAACUGCUCUCAAUGUGGAAUUACUUUUACCUUGUUAGGGAGCCUGAAAUCACACCAGAGGACACAUGAU